AUGGAUAUAUUCCAAAAUCAAUGUAGCGAAAGCUUGGGCUUUGAUUCGAUGCUUUCAUCGAAUCAUCUGAACUCCCCGCUGCACGAUUGUCCGGGUUCUCCGAACCCGCUUACGUUUGCCCCUUCCUCGCCGUAUUUUGCAUCAAUCUCGCAGCAAUCGAGCGUUGCGUGCGGCUCGGCCAGUGUGCACACGAGCGGACCGAACGAUGUCAUCCUUCCGAGCAUAUUCGUGAAGAUUCCCACCCAAAUUAACCAGCAGUAUCAGCAGGAAAACCGUCUACCUACAAACCACGGCGCCUCUUACGAAAUCAAGUGCGAAUAUCGUGCGGAACCAAUCAAAAGUGAGAUAGCUGACACGCGCGUGAAGCUAGCUAGCGCAAUCAACUCGGACCGGCUGCCGGACGUAAUCGAUAACUUUCUAAACGACACGGAUGCCGCGGAACCAGCUGAAACUCCCAUUCUGCUGUGUGACUACUGUCCUUACGCCACUCUUUGCGAGACGCGCCACAACAAGCACAUACAGGAAAGGCAUGCGUCGGGUGUCAGGACACUGCCGGAGAAACUAGAAUGUCCGGUUUGCGAAAACAAGUUCUACAAAAGCUCCGUGUUGGAGCUGCACCUUUCCGUCGAUCACGAAAUGAUACGCAGUGAGGUAGAGACACUGUGCAACCGGAUAUCAAGCCUCCACAGCAGCCAAGCUUCCAGACAAACGGACACUUGCGUGCCACUAACCCAAGCCAGCAGUACCUCAGCAGGACAGGCGGCUGCUGCGACGGCAGGGCAGAAUAAAAGCCGUAUCUACAUCAAGAAUGUUCAGCUGCUGAAAAAACCCGACGUAAUCGCUCAAGAAACGCGACAGGACAUCGCACAUCAAGGGCCCCAAUUACUCCCUCCCAAUCAGGCUUCGCAGGUGUCGCAACCGUCGCAAUCGAUAGCACACGAGAAUCUGCAGAAUAGCCAGCUACUGAACGGAGAGCCAGCACAUGGGCAACCGCAGGAGCUGCCACUGACCUCGCAGGCCAAUCAACAGCACUCGGAACCAACGAACGUGAUGAACGGAAGCAAAAUAUUUAUCCGCAACGUGUCGCUUCUCCAGAACGCAAAUUUUAUCCCAUCGGCGGAAAACAUUCUCUCGAAUGGGAACAAGUACAAUAACGCACCUUAUAUGGGCAUGGAUUGCGAGAAUAACAACUCCGUACGGAUCGAUACGCUGAAUGAUGAUUACAGCCUUGUGCAAUCGUCCACGAGAGGCAGCCGGAUAUUCAUAAAAAAUGUCGACAUACUCCGGAACCCUUUGAUUGCGUUAGGAGAAUCGGUCACGACGUCUAGCGCAUCCUCGCACGUGUCCACCUUCGACGAAACGGUCACGAGUCGGGCUAGUAGCUGCGAAAGCAUCAUCUGUACAUCGACUCCACCGGCAUCCUCGGAACAAUCAGUCACUUCCCUGCCAACCGUAUCAGCAUCCGUUACCGCUUUCUCGCAGAUAUUGUCCGCUCCCUCGCAGCUAACGCCUGUGGAUGAACAGUCGCAGUUGAGCACAGAAAUUACUUAUUCCUCGGGGGGAACCGGAAUGGACAGAGUGUUGAGUACGAUGCCAGUUUCCCAGCAGUUGCCCCUAACGGUCGAUCAAGGUUCGUCGAACCUACUGAUGCUGUUUUCGACACCCAUGCCCGAUGACACGUCCACUGAAGGAGGUAUUUCUUACCUAACUGGUGGUUCUCAACACUCGACAAUCCACGGUCCGCUGAUGGGACCUGCGGAUGGUGGUGUUAUCUCUAGCGCCACCGGUCAUCCUCAGCCGGCGAUUGCCGCUUCCAACGAACUACAACAGCAGCAGCAGCAGCAACAGCAGCCGCAACGGCCGAGGGAAAGUAAAAUAUUCAUCAAAAAUAUAAGCGUCCUGAAGCAACCGACUAUCCAUCUAAAAUCAGUGGAUGAAGUCAACCUCAUGACGUACGAUGAGUUGCAGCUGCAGAACGUGCUUCCUGGAGGCGUAUCUUCCGUUACGACUAACGAAACGAAUGGUGAGCCGAUUGAUGUCGAUAAACUAACCAAACCGUUCGACAGCACGAUCGAGAUGGAGCUGGACCAUCCGUCGCAUAACGAUACGAUCGAUGGGUAUCACGAGUCGGAUCUGGGUUACGGUGAGCUCAGCGAAGAGUGCGAUUUUACGGACAAUUUUAACGAACGAGACGAUCCGGGAGGUGGUAUUGGAGCGGAACCAGUUGAAGUGGCACCGGGUACGAUGAACGAACCUGCCGGUGAUACUGGCAACACGAUCGGCAAUGGAAUGCUCGGAGACCUGAGCCAUUGUGAUAACUUCCAGGGGGGAUAUGGAAACGAACUCAUGCUGUUCCAUCCGCAUCUGGAAUCGAGCGAAAAGAUCACACCCGAGAGUUGGCCGUUGAUUGAGCCUGUAACAUCGGCGCUCUCGCAGGACAUUUUGGAACCGUUGGAGUUGUCUCCUGUCGAAGAGAGCGCCAUCAUACCGAGUGGGGUGGAUUGCGAGCGGUCGGAGAAAGAUUUGUUGCUUUCAGUUUCACAGGUGAUCAAGUUGGAUCCUCCGAACGAAAUGCGAGAAUCAUGUGAUGAAGAACCAACUGAAAGUCCGACGGAAGAGCAUGGAGGUCCCCUGCAAGACACUCCCAUUGAGGAGGCGGCUGUCGAGCAGCCUUCGCUAGCAAUUGUUUCGGAACCAGAUCGCCCACGAACCAGAGGACGACCGAGAGGAGCUAAGCAGACAGGCAUUACGAAGCUCAAGAAACUGUACACUAAUCUGACGGCCGAGGAGGAAGGCUACAAAUGCGACCAGAAAGACUGCGGGGCUCGAUUUCGACACCCGGAUCGGCUCGAGUAUCACCGGAAGUGUCAUAUCCCAACAGAAUCGAACACGGCCAAUGAAGCCGGUGGUUCGCUCGCCAUUCGAUGUCCCGAGUGUGGUUCACUGGAGUUCCGUAAUUGGAACACGCUCCACACUCAUCUGUGGCGUGAGCAUGGCGUCGAUAUGGAGCUGUACGCGUGUCACCUGUGUAGCUUUAAAACUCCCAUCUUGUACCGGUUAAACAACACGCACAUGAAGAUCCACUCGGAGGAGCGUAACUUCAAGUGUGCUAUUUGUGGGAAAGCCUUCAAGAACAACAAGCAGCUCCGAAACCAUCGAAGGUGGCACCGGGAACCGCAGCAACCGGAUGCAGUGGAUCCUCCGGAUGAGGAGGUUCCAUCUCCGACCGAUCCGGCCGUGUGCAGUGAAACGUGCAUGGACACGGAACCACCGGCAGGAGCGGCUAUAGACCAUCAAAAAACGAGACCAACACCAAUGGCUAUGAAAUGCGUCAAGUGCGGGUUACGGUUCACCGGUAAAAGGCAAUUGCGUGCCCACAUGGACGCGAAACACCCUGCCGAUGGUGUUGAGCACGCACCGGAAGCAACCGCCGGCAAACACCGCUGUUUGCUGUGUGGCAUGGUCUUUAAAACGCGUUAUCUACUUCAGUCGCAUUCGGCCAAACAUUCGGACGAGAAACGCUUCAAGUGUGAACACUGCGAGUAUGCGACGAACGAUCACAACGCCUUCCGGCGGCAUAAGAUGCGCCACAGUGCGAAGGGUGGCCACAUGUACAAGUGCAGCUACUGCGAGUACACUAGCAUCCAGAGUACGACCUACCGGAAGCAUCUCGAGCGGAUGCAUGCCGAGGUUGCGUCGGCGUUGCUGUACAAAUGCGCCAAAUGUCCUUUUGUGUCGAUUAGCGAAUUGAAGUACCAGCUCCAUCGGGCAAAGCAUGAGGGAGCGGAUCAUGUGCCGGCUUCCUCGACAGAUGCUCGUGUGCACGAUCAAACGGGAAACGAAGUGAGACAACCGGAAGAGCUACAACGGCAAUGCGAGAGUACCAGUUCCGACGUAAUGAUCGUUAAUUCGUAUGAACCCACCGCAGACGCUGCACCGUCGAUGGACGUCCAUUCGUUGGAUGGCAUCAGUCGGCAUCCUGAAGAAGGCCAUACCAUGCAGAUCAUCCAGCAUCCUAUCAUCCGGCCGGCAAUGUUUGCGAAUAACUUCUCCAAGGUCGACAAUUGCUAUGGAUACCAGCCCCAGCCGCAGCUAUUGCAGCCUCAGAUGUUGAAGCUUACCGAUCUGUUACCAUGUGAGGUUAAUUCAGUCCCAGUGGCAGCUCCUGUUAGCACUGCACCCGUUAUGGUAGGAACUUUGCAAGAUAACCUUCAUACGGUGACGGCUCGCGGAGUUCCGUCUCAGCAGCACGAAUGCACUCCUUUGGGAGCCACCCCAACGAAUAUAAUGGAACUUCAAUGA